AGAUCAACAUUUCUCCCAAUCCCCCCCAUAUGCUUUAUUUUGAACAAUUUCAAUCCUUUUGCUCGCUAUCUCCGACUAGGAUUAAAUGGCUUUGUUCUGAGCCCUGUUGAUGUCGCUUUUUUCGUAGCACAUGCGUGCGCUAUAUAUGCCGUAUCAUGGCUCAAAGAACUGCAGAAUCAGCAGACGAGCUUCAAAUGAACACAAUUCUAGACUCUUUAGAGCUAUCGGAUGAGGAAGGCACAUAUUUUUCUAGCGAGCCUGAGGAAAGCACGUCGAGAAGUAAUACAAACGACAUACAAUCGAGCAUUGACUUUGACGAUGCGCUCUGCGAUACCUGCAAAGAGAUCGGUGCCAAUUUUAUUCGUCGCGGGACUGAGAACGUUGUCUGUAGCGAGUUAGUAGACGAGAGAGCAGGUCAGGGAUGUCUUCUGUGCUUAUGUGUCCUUGCGCAUCUGAAGGAGGAAGAGCUAGAUGGGAUGAGGAAGCAAAGAAAUCGAGCUGCCGAGAUGGACUGGGAUUUCGAAAUACAGUAUCAUAUUGUUGGUAGUGAUUUCUUUCCGAGCCACUUCAAUAAGCCAUGGAUCUGGAUCAGUUAUGGAAUCUGUGGCGAGGAAGCUCACUUUGACGUGUCGAGAUCCAUUUCAUUCUCUGUCGUUUUUAGGGUUUUCAUUCAAGAGUAUUUCGACGAAGACGUGUUUUCAGCCUUGCAUGAGGGUCCAAACGUAGGAGACUCGACAAGCUCCCCAAGUGCAUGGAACUCUGCUGAAAGAUGGCUUCACGAUUGCACAACAGACCACGAUGAGUGCCGUGUAUCCGUUCAGACGAACUUGCCAAGUCGUCUUCUCAGCUUGAGAUCAGAUCGAUCAACCGCACUACAUCUUAUCACUGUGUCAGAUCUGCCUUGUCCCCCAACUUACGCGACGCUGAGCCAUUGCUGGGGCAAUUACCUCCCGCUUAGACUUCUCACCUCCAACAUCACCAAUUUCAUGUCUGGAGAAGCUUUGAGUGAUCUUCCACCAACCUACAGCGACGCCAUCGAAGCUUGUCAUAAAUUGGGCAUCGGCUAUCUGUGGAUUGACUCACUGUGCAUUAUCCAAGAUUCUGUUACCGAUUGGGAGCAAGAAUCGGCCCGCAUGGGGCAAAUCUAUCUCGGCGGCAUCUGUAACCUGGCUGCAACAGCAGCUUUUGAUGCAAGAGACGGCAUGUUCUACCCACGCGAUGCGCAACUCUUCAAGCCAAUAAAGGCGCGAAUUAACAAUCCCAGCGAAGAAGUUUGCUACAUUUUCAUCAGAGAUAUUUGGUCAGAUAUGGUGGAAAAAGCACCACUCAACAGCAGAGCAUGGGUCUGUCAAGAACGCCUAUUCUCACCGCGAACAUUACACUUCUGCAAGAGCCAGCUUGCCUUUGAAUGUAGAGAGCUUUCUGCUUGUGAAAGUCUUCCAACCGAGUACUGCGAGCUUCCUCGUCUUGCUGAUGGACCGCAAAGCAAAAAGCGCUGGAUGCAGAAAAUCGUACACCAUACGUCCGACACAGAGCCAAAUGACAUACAGAACUUGCUGCAAACAUGGAUGGAGUUUGUAGAGCUCUACUCACGUUGCUCGAUAACCUUCCAAUCUGACAUAUUGGUUACCUUUUCCGGCUUGGCAGCCACAUUCAAUGCUCAGCUGAACACGGACUAUUUAGCUGGCUUGUGGAGAGCAGACUUACCACAACAACUUCUUUGGCGUGCUGUAGGCUCUGGCCGAAGAAUCAGUACUUACGUUGCUCCUUCUUGGUCUUGGGCUGCCAUUACGAGUGAGGUCAGUUUCGGACUUCCUCCUUCGCCGGCGGUGUAUGAUCACGAUGCCGAGCCUCUAAUUGACAUAUUGGAAGUCAAUGCAACUCCUUCAACUGAAAAUGCCUAUGGACAAGUGAGAGACGGUUUGCUACUUGUCAAAGGAAGAUUGGCCGAAGUUCGCUUUGAAUAUCAGAAGAAGAAUCCCGUCAAAAGCUGCAAGCUCUAUGUUCGAAUUGAUGAUUUCAAAGAAGAAGCUACUGAGCGGUCCCUCAUAAUUCGAUUUGAUGAGGAUGAUUACACUCUAUACAACGAUGUCGACUUUGACCAAAACAUUGGAGACACAGAAUUGGCAGUUGAAAGUCUGUUCAUCUUGCCUGUCUUUGAUGAUUUUGAUGGCCAAAGUUGCCUGGUAUUACAGAAGGUCAGAGAUGGCACUCGAGGUGGGGUCUUUUUUCGGUGGGGCUAUCUCGAUCUUAUAGGACGGACAGCUGUCGAAUUGCUUGACGGAGGACUUCAGAGUUUUGAUAAGAGGAAUUCGGGUCGUGUUAACGAGGGAAAUUCUGCGAGGCUGGCCAAAGAUGGUGGACAUAUUAUUGAGAUCAUAUAAAUGCAAUGGCCAACUAGCCCUCAAACACUCGCUUCGACUUCGAACUG